GCCAGUACAAAGAACGAGGUCCAGAGUUUCUAGCAGCAGGGCAGAGAACAGUCUCAAGACUAAAAGGACUAAGGAAAUAAGAAAAAAAUAUUCUGAAUCCCAAGACAAACACUUCUUUGUGACAAAAUGCCAUCCAGGAAAAAAAUGUUGAUGUUUGCAGCUGCCUUUUUUACUAGUAUUUGGUCUUUUGUGAUAGUCUGCCUCAUUCUUGCAACCAAAAACUGGGCAUCAAGUGAGGUUACCUUUACCCAAGCAAAUUCAAGCACUGUUACCGUAACCAUCGCAUAUGGAAUUUUCGAAGGUGUGUGUUCACAGAUUAUAACUGGUGGAGUUCAGAUGCCAGAAACAACUUUCCAAGUUUUAGAUAAAUUGGAUAACAUGGAAACAAAAAGUAUAAACGUUGUGAUCAUCUUGCUCCUGAUUCUCAGUUUGUUCAGCUCUCUUCUGAGUUCUGGAUUUACGUGUAGUAACACUGUAUGUAAUCCCUAUCAGACUUUUUUGGGGCCUAUUGGAAUCUACACCUGGAAUUCCCUAAAUGGCAUCUUCAUUCUUCUAGCCAUGAUAUUAUUUGCAGCGAAUAUAGAGGCAAACAAGCUGUCAGUAAAGUUGGCUUCAAAAUGUACAUUUUCUACAAAUCAAUAUGAAAAGUCCACCAGUAAUUAUGGCUACUCAUACUGGAUCAUGCUGCUUAUCCUUCUUUUGAAUGUUGCCACUGUCAUCAUUAUAUUUUUCUAUCACCGUGCAAGAUACUCGGAGAAGAAAGAACAGGAAAGACCCAUAGAAAAUGCACCAAAAGAUGGUAUUUUGUUUUAAGGAUGCCAACUCUUUUAAGUUAAAUAUGAUGUGGAAGAUAAUUUAAUUUGGACAGUGAGAACUGAUCAUUUAAACACUAAAAUUGCACUAUUCUUUGGUUCAUUGUACUGAACAACUGAUGUCUUCAAUACUCAUUGAUUGAAGGCAGUAAGUUAAUGUAGCAAAAUAGUGAUCCCAAGGUACUUCAGUCGUCUUUGGAUCCUUUAAGGAUGAACUUUGUAUAGCUCUCUUCUGCUCCCUCAAAGCAGUCCCUUACAGAGAAGUGGUCAGCAAAACAGUAACAAACACAGGGACUCAGUUUUAGGGCAGGGGCUUCCAGGAAACGUUAUUCCAAGUCUAUACCAUCUUGCAUCCAAAUAAAUCCUACUGCAACACUCUGCACACCCUCCACAACCUUCCCAGAAGCUCUUCUGACUUAACAAUGGGGAAUGAAUUUGCCCUUAUCUAGCACAAGUAUCAGAGAGGCAUAAAAAAGACAAAAGGUAGGGCAGGUGGCUCCUUAGAAACUCACUGGUUCAGAGAGGCAAAAGGUUUUGUAGGCAACAGCCUACCUGGUCAGAUGCUAUGAAUGGAUGUGGAGAAAGGAGACAUAAAGAUAUUAAAAUGCUAUUUCUACAUUUUGACCACAGGCUUAGUUAGAAACAACUGUUUCUAUUGUUCCUGGGCCAUUGUUUUGGACGACAGUAAUUCUUAAUCUGAAAGCUCAAAUAGUCAAGAAAACCUAAGAUUUCCUGUGAUACAGAAGAAAAGGUUCUGGGGCCUCAGUGCUUUGUUCUCCACUGUAGUCAUUGCUAUUUUCCCUUCUUGUCUUGUAUUUCAUUUACUCUCCUCUUCAUAAAGUAAUCGCUUUCACACUGCUGCUCAUUGCCUAAAAGUUGUUUUUGAUAACUUUAUUCUGGACUAUGGGCUCACUUCUUGUUUACUAUUCACUGCAUGAACCUAGUUACUAUGCAAGAUGUUGCCAGUUUCAUAUAAAUCCACCCACAGCAUAGGGUCAGACAGGCCCAUUCUGCUGUAGCUGCUAUCUCGUAUCUAGAAUGACUUCAUACACAUUUUUAGUUUGCACAAUGACAAUAUGCUAAAGGGAUGUAAUGCAAUUAUAAACAAGAAGGGAGAUGACAUGCAAAUAUAAAUGAGAAGGCAAAUUUCUGCUCACAAACAGAAGUGCAGCUCCCUGUUGUAACUAAUAGCACUUUGCAGGAACUGUUCCAAAUUACAACGAUCUCCCAGACCAAACAGAAGUUCACUGUUGAAUCCAGGAGGGAGAGGAAUCUAGCUACUGGUUUCAGCCUGCUGCUGGUUUCCCCUAGCAAUGACCCCUCCUCCGUCCUAGCCCUUGCUGUUUUUCAGAAUGGGAGGGGGGAAAGGGAACAAAGGAAACUGGUUUUUGGUGUUCCACAGCUGGCUCCAAUUCACCCACCCCCAACCUCCAGCUGGGGCUGAAAAAACCCCAGACCAAACUCCCUUCACUCUCUUUCCCCCCUCCUAUUCUGAAACCAGUGACAGGCUAGGAAGCAGCUUAGACAGAAGUUACAAAAGAGGCUCUGUUUUGAAAUGUCUUCAGGGUUCAGAUUUUUGUGGGAUAGAGCCCUUUUAAAGCACUUUGCAGACAUGCAUUUUUGUUUGGUCACAGUUGUAGAGUUUUCAGGGGCCAGAUCAAGAGAAAACUGUCACUUCUGUCUCAUGUGUGUCAACUAUUCAUUUCUUGGUCAUGUGAUGAAAAAGUAUGAGAAUCCCUAUUUUAGACUAUUAAUAGGCUUGAUUACUGCAAUUAGCAGAAGUAGAAAGUGCACUUAGCACAGGUGUGGCUUUCCUGCUCCUUGAAAGUUAAAUCACCUUUUCACCAAGGGGGAUAUAUGCAAUACUGUGGAUUCAAAGCUCUCAUUCAUUAUUUGGAACUAAAUAAAAAUACAAUACUUUAAACUUAAA